UUCCGGGCUUUGCGGCCGGCCGGGCAGUGGCGCGUGCGCAGUAGGCGGCAAGCCCAGGCCCGAGGCGGCCGCGGGCCUUGGGCUGCAGCAGGAUGCGGGGCUGAAGCCCACAAAGAUAUGUGGGGCCGAGCCACUGAGCGCGACUUCCAGACGUCAGCCCACAGGAUGGGGACCUCUCUGCUCUUCCAGCUCUCUGUCCAUGAGCGUGAACUGGACCUGGUCUUCUUGGACCACAGCUACGCCAAGCCAUGGACCGCCCACCCCGACGCCAGCAGUGCCCGACCCACCCGCACACUUUUUGUCACACCGCGACGGCACCAGGACGCUGCCAUCGAGGUGGACCUUCCCAUCGAUGUGGAGACAGUCAUGCCCAUGCCCAUCCCACUCUACGACAACCAGAAGGCCCGCAGCGUGAUGAACGAGUGCGAGCGCCAUGUCAUCUUUGCCCGCACAGAUGCUGAUGCACCCCCACCGCCCGAGGACUGGGAGGAUCAUAUGAACAGGUCGGGCUGGACGAUAGGACAGAACAAGCUCUUCAAUAAGAUCCACAAAGCCCUGCAGUCCGACCGGCUGGCCCGCUUGGCCAGUGAAGGGGCAUGCAGUGAGCCGGUGCUGAGGAGGAUUGCAGUGGACAAGUGUGCUCGGCGUGUGCGCCAAGCCCUGGCCAGCGUGAGCUGGGACACCAAGCUGAUCCAGUGGCUUCACACCACGCUGGUGGAGACCCUCAGUCUGCCCAUGUUGGCCGCCUACCUGGAUGCCCUGCAGACACUAAAGGGAAAGAUCCCCACUCUGAUCGACAGGAUGCUCCUGUCUUCCACUACUAAAACAGGGGCUGCUGGUGCUGAGGCCCUGUCCCUUCUGUUGAAGAGACCCUGGGACCCGGCCGUGGGCGUCUUGUCACACAACAAACCAAGCAAACUCCCUGGCUCCCCCCUCAUCCUGAUUGCCUCUUCCGGCCCCUCCAGCUCCAUGUUCCCCACCUCCCGGCGGCACCGCUUCUGGCAGUCACAACUCUCCUGCCUAGGCAAGGUGAUCCCAAUAGCCACCCAUCUCCUGAACAAUGGCAAUGGGGUGGGAGUGCUGCAGUGUCUGGAGCACAUGAUUGGUGCAGUGAGAGGCAAGGUGGUGGAGAUCCACAGUCACUUCUCCCACAAGCCGGUCAUCCUCAUUGGGUGGAAUACAGGAGCGUUGGUAGCCUGUCAUGUCUCGGUGCUAGAGUAUGUCACUGCCAUCGUGUGCCUUGGAUUCCCACUUCUGACAGUGGAAGGACCCAGAGGGGACGUGGAUGACCCCCUCUUGGACAUGAAGACACCUGUGCUUUUUGUCAUUGGCCAGAACUCACUGCAGUGCAAUGUUGAGGCCAUGGAGGAUUUCCGGGAGAAGAUCCGUGCUGAGAACAGCAUGGUGGUGGUGGGCGGGGCUGAUGACAACCUCCGGAUAAGCAAAGCCAAGAAGAAGUUGGAAGGGCUGACCCAGAGCAUGGUGGACCGUUGCAUUCAGGAUGAAAUUGCCGACUUUCUGACCGGAGUCCUGACCCGGUCGGAGAAUCACACUGGCUCUGACCCUCGCGACCUUGAUGCCGAGAAGAAAAAGAAGCCACGGGACCCAACCAGGAGGGACCUGUCAUUCGACUUGCCAGAAAGAACCAGCCGACCCGCAUCCCCAGCUGCCAAGGUGCCGGCCUCGCCUUCCGGCUCAGAGGACCUCUCCAGCGUCUCCAGCAGCCCCACUUCGAGUCCCAAGAUCAAAGUGGCCACUGUGCCAGCUGUCCAGAAGCCCAGCCAAGUGGGCACCGCUCAGCUGCUGAAGAGGCCAGUGCAGAGGCCAGAAGCAGUCUUGACACACAAGCAGGCUCAAGCUCAGUUCGCUGCUUUUCUGAAACAAAACGUGCUAGUGAGGAAAGCUCUUCCUCCUGGCACCUCUUCAUGUCUCUUUGUGCCUGUCUCAGCUGAGCAGCAAGACGGGGCUGACAAGGAUGAGGCACGCCUGCAGCUGAAGCGGCACCAGACCCCCAGCCCCACCCCAUGCGGCAAGGCAUCCAAGCGGGCCAAGAUUAAGGUGACCAUUGUCUCCCAUGGGGACACAGCCAGCACCGGCACCCAGGCGGAAAUGGCUGCAGGAAAGCCCCUCACCAUGACUGUCGGCCAGGCUGUGCCAGGCACCAAGGAGCUGUCAGGACUCCUCGCCACCCCCAAGCUGAGCUCGGCAGCAGAGACCUCAGCCAUCAGCCCGACCCCCUCAGCUGUGAUCCCCAGCAGCACAGCGCCCAGCGCCUUCCACACCCUCCAGAGCCGGCUGGUGGCCAGCAGUGCCCACUGCCUGCAGACCCAGCCCAGCGGCACUCUCCAAGGCGCUGCCUCGGCUAGCAGCCUCCUGCAGGGCUUGAGCUUCAGCCUGCAGGACAUCGGUACCAAGGCUCCAGCCCUCCCAGUCAGCAGUGUGCCCCCGGGGCCGCCUGUACAGCAGGCCUCAGCUGUGAAAACGCCCGCGACCAUCCAGAACCUGGGUACCAUCACCACGGGUGCGGGGACCAUUGUCCGCACCAUCCCCGUGGCCACGUCCCUGGCACUGGGAGCCUCUGCAGGGGGGAAGCCCACAGCCAUCCACCAGCUGCUGACCAAUGGGGGCCUGGCCAAGCUGGCCAGCAGCCUCCCUGGACUGGCCCAGAUCUCCAACCAGGCCGCAGGCCUGAAGGCCCCAACUACCAUCACGGUGACCCUCCGGGGGCAGCCCAGCCGUGUCACUACACUGAGCCAAGCGGCCAUGGGGGCUCUUCAGUCCCCGCUGGAGGAGCAGCCAGUGCAGCCCCAUGUGCCUCAGGCUCUGGAUGGCGCUACUGGGAACAUGGCCUCCCCCGCUGCCUCCGUGGGCAAGCUGCUGCCUCCGCUGGAUCUCGGCAAAGGCCAGGCCGGCGCAGAGACAGCCCCUGGAGACCCCGCGUCCCACCUGGCGCCUGCAGCAAUGCCAUCCCUAGCGCCCAGCACCAGCCCCAUGAAGACGCUGUAUGUCAUGUCAGAUGCCAAGCUGUCUGCGCUCACCAAGUCCGUGAUGGCUGAGGCGGCCUCCAGUGCCCCGUCAGGCUCCGCUAGCUCCCCCACAGGCACCGUCACCUUCACCGCCUCUGCUCUGGCUGGCACCCCCAGCUCACCCAGUCUGGCCCACACCAAGGUAGGCCCGGUCCUGCAAGCCACCUCCAAGACCGUCAUCCUCACCUCAACGCUGGCUGCUGUGAAGAGCGAUGGGGCCCUGGCCCAUGCUGGGGACAAGGCUGGCCUGUCCAAAGGUGCCGCUGCAGCCCUCGGCCAUGCACUGGGGGCCGUAGAGACACUGGGACGGGUACCCUCUGUGGUGGACGAGGGCAGUACAGUUCUGCACACCCGGGAGACUCUGACCAGCAGGCACUUGCUGCCACAGGGCGUACUACCCACUGGGGCAGGCACCACCCUCAUCGCGCUGAGCGGCAGCCUGGCCAGCCCCUCCAUCAUCACCACAGCUGGGCCCGUGCCCACCCAGAAGCCAUAGACACCUUGGCCACAGUUUGCCACCACCUGCAUCCCUUGAGCCCUGGACACUGGGAGGCAGAGGGGGUGAGGGAGGCACCCAGAUGGGCCCCGAUGAACAUUUCCUUCACUCUGUUUUUCCAUUGCUGUUGAAUAAACCCGUUUCUUCCCCUCUG